AUAACAUGAAACAUAAGAAAAGAUGAGGUCGAGAUUGAUUGAAGGCAGGCGCUCUUUUUUUCGAUGGGGUGCGCAUCUCUUAUCGUGAGCACCCCACCUCAUCUCGGUCCGUCGGCCUCCACCGUCCAACGCUCUCACCGCUUCCCCCCUCGCAACCGCUCUCCGUCCGUCCUUCCAAUCCGCUCUUCUUCUAAUUCUGACGUCGUUUUAGCGGCUGCAGACCAACUUGAGAAAGAUGCUUCUAUGACUGGUGGGGCUUAUGAUUUCAAAGGGGCUACAACAUCUCUUACUUACGAACCCUUGUCUUCUUCAAAAAAGGUGACUCUUGUGAGGCAUGGUCUUAGCUCUUGGAAUCAAGACAGCAGAAUUCAGGGAAGCUCAAACUUAUCUCUCUUAACAGAUACUGGAGUGAGUCAGGCGGAGAAGUGCCGGAAAGCCUUGAGCAAUCUAAGAUUUGAUCAGUGUUUCGCUAGUCCUAUUUCUCGUGCAAAGUCAAGUGCUGAACUCAUAUGGGAUGGGAGGGAACCGCCGCUGGUUUUCCUGGACACAUUGAAGGAGGUCCACCUGUUUUUCUUAGAAGGCAUGAAAAAUGUGGACGCUAAGAAGAAGUACCCAGAGUUAUAUACUACGUGGAGAGAAGAUCCAGUGAAUUUUAAUGUGAAUGGGAUAUAUCCUGUUCGGAAGCUAUGGGGAACAGCAAGAGAGGCUUGGCGGGAAAUCUUGUCUACACCUGGAGAGAAUUUUUUGGUGGUCACGCACAAAUCAAUCUUGCGGGCUCUGAUUUGCACAGCUCUUGGGCUUGGCCCAGAGAGGUUUCGUGCAGUUGAUGUUAACAAUGGUGGAAUCUGUGUCUUUGCCUUUAACAGUCGAGGAGAAGCUAUGCUUCAAUCCAUGAACAUGACAGCGCAUAUGUACAGCGAUCAUGUCUAUGACUACUGAAAAUCCAGAUGCGGCCAUUUCGAACCUUGGCAUUCUCCCCCCAAUUUACCUGGAUUUACACUCCUGGCAGGAAACCAAGGUUACAUAUGAUAUGGGAACGAAUGUGCGGCAAGUGAUUGCCUGAGCCUCUGUCAUCAGCACAAGGCAAUUCUCUUCCAGGAGUAGUGGCUAUAGAAAUUAGAUUAAUAAUUGUUUUGCCACCUUUUGUGUGUGUGUGUGUGGAAUUGGUGAAAGUUUUGGAAAUUUUUGAGAAUGUAUGUUUUGGCAAUCGUAUUAAAAAUUAGUGUUUGGUGCUAAGGCAGCAUUAAAGCC